ACAAAUGGCGGCGUUGAGUUGUGGUUAGGCCCUUACUUUCAGGAAUUUCCUUAUCGUCAUUUAAGACGAUCUGCAAGAAUUUAACUUGAUUAUAUGAAAAAUAUUCAUAUGAUGUGUCAGGUGUAUUUUAUUCGUCGUUCUGAGCUGAAAACCAAGAUUGGGGAAAGCUUUCCUGUUCAAGUCUCUAAGCAAACAGUAAAUUUGUAACCUGCUGCAGACAACAGUUGUCCUUCAGAACAGAGUAAUCUUCUUUAAUGGAUCUAGAGUCGAUUAAAGAAGUUUUAGAUUCUUUCUCCAAAUCAGAAUCGCCAAAAAGAUUUCAACAGUUGAAGAGUAAUAAAGACUUUGUAAAUGGAAUAUUUCAGAGCUUACCAAACCAGUAUACACAUGAGCUGACAGAUUCAGUUUAUAAAGGUCUAUUCGAGUUGUAUAAUCAAAGGGGAAAAGCUGGAAAACUGUUUGUUCUUCAGUUUGUUCCUGUGUUGAUUUGGAAUUAUUUAUCUGCCACAACAAGAAGAGAUCAUCAGGCCUAUGGCAGUCUAGAAGUUCUGCUGUUGGCUAUCUAUAAUGAUGAAGUUGUGAAUGAUAAUGGAGAGCAGAAUGUUAAGAAGUUCAGACUGCCAUCACUUUCGAGGCCUUCAAUUUACCAUGAGCCCCAGCAGAGUUUUACAACAUCUUCAAUACUGACAGAGACAGCUCUGAGCCGACAUGAACAGAGUGAGACAAUUGUGAUGUUACCAGGUCCAGGAAAACCUCAAAACAAAAUCACUGCUACACAUAGGCUUUCUAUAUUGAGUGUGAUUCUUCAUCAGUAUAAUGCAAACAUUGUCUACUUGUCAGAUGCCUCUCAUUGCAGCUUUUGUAUCAUGGCAUUGAGGCUGGCUAAAUGUGGCUUUUACAAACUCUGUCAGCGUGGGAAGGAGGAAUCAGAGUCAGAGUUCUCAAGUGAAGAAUUAACAACACUGGUGAACCAUCCUAGGAUAUCACUUAGCACAGAGCUAAUUCAAGAGAUGAUUUAUGGGGUUUAUUUCCUGAUGUACAAUGGCCAAAGAACUCUGGCCACCAAAGCUCUCGAAGAUCUUCACUGGCGUGCUGCUCACAGCUUGUUUGCCCCAGCUCAUAUGCUCACUAAUGCCAUCAAACAUUCAUUGGAACAAACUGGAGGCCUUCCCAGUGAUGGUCCCCUAGGGUUGGAGAUGUACCUGACAGACACACAGGACACCCAAGCUAUCAGUAGUAAGACUGUACCAUCAGUCAGUAGCUCUAUAAUGGAGGCACCAGUGAUUGGAAAUAUUUUGGCUCUGUCAACUAGUGGAUUGAGCGUAACAAAGUGCGAUGGUGCUGUAGUUCUGAAAGGAAAUGAAGGAGUUGACGCCGAAGGAAAUGAUUCAAGUAAAGGGAGUUCUUCCUCAGACCAGUCGGCAUCGCAGACGACAAAGUCACAUAAGAAAGCCCACAGUCUUGGCUACUUGAAACUCCCGGGAUUCAAGUCUACGAAAGAACAUAUUGAACUUCAACAAGUAGACGGAACGAGUUUUUCCGAAUCACUACGAGCCGUAUCGUCGGAAAUCAAUGUUCCUUCGGAAAAACCCGAUGGUGCCGAAGUCUUGGCGACUAGCCCUAGUGAAUCGAAUAUUUUCGACUACCGACUGUGAUGCUCGGAUAAACCGAUUUGUCGUUGUCCUUGUUUUUAAAAAGAUUCUUUCUUUGUAAAAUUGAAUAAAUUCAGUCGACUACCCAUUGAUAUAGAACGCAAAUGGGGUUGGGAGAGCUAAAGAGGUUUAGAAUUUUAUUGACUCUACGACAUUUUCAGUCGUCGAAUAAGCUUUUGACACACCACUAUAAAACGUAGAAUGUUUUCAGUUAAAUGAGCCAUAAAUUUGUAAACUAAAGGGGUGUACACAUCGACUGUUAUGAAAAAACAUUUUAAAUAUUUCAGAAUAAAAGCAAAUUGAAACA